AUGUUUAUCGGAAAUACCAAACGUUUUCUAACGCAACAACAAGCAUCGUGCAUCGUUAUUCACCUCAAACUUCGACAUGCUUCCUCCUCUGCUGUGCCACCCGCCAAACUAACCUCAAGUUAUUUUCACCAUUCUUCAUCACUUCCAUUCGUCUACAAAACAAUCAGUCAAAACUUUGACGAGACUGCUGCCAAAUAUCCAGAUCAUGAGUGCUAUGUCUUUUCGACACAAGUCUUUUCGAUUCCUGACGAACGAUAUGGUGAAGAAGUGUGCACAUGGAUCAAACUGAAACCGAAUGCACCGACAUGCACAGUCAAUGAUAUUACUAAAUUUCUAUCGGACAAACUUGCAUUCUUCAAGAUUCCGAAACACAUUCGUUUUGUAGAUAAAUUCAUAAUGACACCAACCGGCAAAGUGCAAAAGUUCAAGUUAUCGGAAGCGAUGGUCGCCGAGUUAAAGGAAGUGAAGUCGAAGAAAUAA